AUGAGCACACUUUUUGACGCCACAGGUCGUCGAGUCGUCGUUGGAGAAAAGACGUCUUCUCGGGAUGGAAGGAAUGCGAGGAGGAGGACAGGACGCCGGGAGGAGGCUCGACUAGUUGGCUUCAAGGUCGUUGCCAUGGCGAUGAGGCCCGCGCGACCCUCCUCCGAGACCUACCCGUCGGUGUGCUGCACGGCCAGUCCGUCCGUGUCCUACUCCAGCCUGUCCGGCUUGGAGGCCCUCCUGGACGAGCCCGGCGACCGGACGCCCAUCUUUUCCCUCUCCAAGAGUGCCAUGGACGUCGUCACGGCGACGGGCCCGCCGCACAAGCGCGACCCGGCGUGGACCGGCAUGGCCCUGCGGCGCAGCUCCAGCGCCGGCGUGCCCGUUGAGCCGAACCCCCUUUGCUCGUCACCGGAGAACCCCCAGAACGCGAGCGAGCGCCGCAUGUCCGGCGUGCGGCGCUGGAGCCGGUGCAGCGCCGGCGCGGGGAGCGGCAGCAGCACCCCCGACACGGUGGUGUGGGGCGGCGGGGGGUCGCGCCCCUGCAGCCUCACGCGGGACGCGGCCUCCGCUGCCACCGUGACCUCCUCGCCUUUCAUCUCCCCCUUGAUGACGCCCACUCUCCCGUCCGUGGACCUUUGCUCCUCGUCAGCGCCAGUCACAAGUGGCGCACCCCCGCAGGAAGACCACCCGGCAUCUCCACGACACCUUGACGCCGCCCCCUCGUCAAAACGCUUUUUCCGGGUAACAAGCGCGGAAGACGACGCCUUCCUGAACAACCGCAUGCUUUACUUCCAGUACCCCUCGCCGAUGACGUCCUCCGUGGGCUCGGAGGAAGGAGCGUCAUUAACCCCGGCGUCCUCCCUGUCCCAGACGGCGCCGCGAGGCUCAGCAGACGAAGAGCGGGAUCAAGAUGUGGGAGUCCGCCUCCAGUUACCAUGGCAACCGGGCCAAGGCGGGAGGUCGGCGCUGGUCUCCUCCGCGAGUGACUCGCUGCUCCGUGAAGGUUGCAGAUGCUGCAGAGGAGGCGUCAAAAAGGAGCGAGGGACCAUGACGCCGUGGCGGGAGGCGGUGGACGUGGCCGUGCAGACCCUCUCCCCCGCAGGGUCCUGGUGGGACCUCCGCAGGAACACCUCCCACACGGGCUCACCAUCCCUCCUGGGCUCGCCGCCCGGAUCCAGACUGAACCUGAAGGCCUCGAUAGGGUCCAAUUCCAACCUGGUGUCGCCUUCCUCCAGCAUGUUCCCCGGCAGCAACGGCGAGGACGAGGCGGGGGGGAAGGAAGGAGACGACCAGGACGCCGCCUCGGCUUCCGGCCACGAUCCGGAGCGCAAGAGGUCCUGCCUGAAGGUCCACGGCGAGGAGAAGGGCGAGCCGGGCGGGAGGAGGGGCAGCAUGAAGCAGGUGCAGUGGGACGAGGACGGGAUGACGUGGGACGUCCACGGCGCCUCCGUGGACCCGCAGGAGCUGAGCGUGGCCAUUCAGAAACAUCUGGAACUUCACAACAGCCCCGACCCCGCCAAACGUCCCUCGGCGAAGAAGAAAGCGCCCAAACCUCCUCUCCCGACGCCGUCUCCUGCCGAGGCCACGCCGCCCGGAGGCGAGGGGAAGGAGGACGCGGGUGGAGGACGGGAGGAGGCGGGAGGAGAGGACGAGAGCUUCCCGAAUUCGCCCUCACGUGGGAGCGUAAUCGUCCGGAAGAGGAGUGUGAUGAGGUCGCUGAGACCAGGGUGGUGCGGGGGGUCCAGAAAGGAGGACUAAAAACAAAAUGGCCGCUUCUCUCCUGCUGUUCAAAAUAAACUUGAUGUA